CUGGACUCGCCCUGCACGCGCAGUUUCCUGAAUACGCAGAAGCGGAUUGCGUGGAGAGACGAUCACCCCGCGGCGCGUGAGUUUCCCUUUAUCUUCCAUACCCAGGGGCUCGGAGUCGCUAUAGACCUUGAAAUCCCUGCACCGCCCUGUGCACCUCAGGAUUGACUUGUAAAGACUCAUGGUACCUGAGGAAGAAGCCUGGAAGAGGAGAAAGAGUAAAGAAGAGGAAUCAGCAAUGGCUUUUACUCAGAGUCCUUUGACAUUCAAGGAUGUGGCCGUAGAAUUCUCGCAGGAGGAGUGGAAAUGCCUGGACACUGCUCAGAGGGCUUUGUACAAGGACGUGAUGUUGGAGAACUACAGGAACCUGGCCUCCCUGGGAAACUCUCUUCCUGACCUGAGUGUUAUCUUCACGUUGGAGCAAGGGAAGGAACCCUGUACUCUGGAAAGUCAAGUGAAAAUAGCAAGAAAACCAAAUGGGCAGGAAUGGAUCAAAGGUGUGAACACAGGAAUCUCUCCUAAAUCUCUAAUCAAGCAGUUGUCACCAAAAGGGGACAGUAAUAUAAGAGAAAUAUUCCAGACAGUGACAUUGGAAAGAUAUGAAAGGCAUGAUACCAAAGAUUUUUGCUUCAGGGAAAUGCAGAAAAGUACACAUGUCUCUGAGUGUCAGUGGAGAGAAGAUGAAAGACAUUACAAAGGAGUGCAUAUCACCCGUAACGAAAACCUCACUGGCGGAAGAGAUCAAUAUGGUGGAAGAGAUGUGGGAAACAAUCCUGUUAGAAACCAGCAUGGAUUAAGCUUUCAAUCAGAUGUUCCUGAACUGCGGCUAUUUCAAACUGAAGGAAAAAUUUAUGAAUGUAAUCCUGUUGAGAUGUCUUUGAACAAUGGUUCCUUAGUUUCACCACCCCAAAUAAAUCCUUCUAAUGUCAAAAAUGACAUUUCUCAUGAAUAUGAAAAUGAUUUUAUGGAUUCUUUAGUAUUCAGACAAGAACAGAAAGCAACCAUGAGGACAAAACGUUCCAAGUGUAAUGAGCAUGUAAAGGCCUUUAACCAAGGCUCACACCAUACUGUGUAUCAAAUAAUCCAUACCGGAGAGAAACAAUUUAAAUGUGAUAUAUGUGGUAAGGUCUUUAAUAAAAAAGCAGUUCUUAUAUGUCAUCAGAGAAUUCACACUGCAGAGAAACCUUACAAAUGUAAUGAUUGUGGCAAGGUGUUUAGUCAACAUUCAAACCUAGCACGUCAUCAGAGGAAUCAUACUGGAGAGAAACCUUACAAAUGUAAUGAAUGUGGAAAGAUGUUUAGUCAAAGUUCACAUCUUUCAUGUCAUCAGAGAAUUCAUACUGGAGAGAAACCUUACAAGUGUCAUGAUUGUGGCAAGGUAUUCCGUCAACAUUCAUACCUUGGAAGUCAUCGCAGAAUUCAUACUGGAGAGAAACCUUACAAAUGUAAUGAAUGUGGUAAGGUGUUCAAUCAACAUUCAUACCUGGCAAAACAUCGGAGAAUUCAUACUGGAGAGCGUUCUAACAAAUGUAAUACAUGUGGUAAAGUGUUCAGUAAAAAUGCAAGCCUUAUACAACAUCUAUUAAUUCACACUGUAGAGAAACCUUACAAAUGUAAUGAGUGUGGCAAAGCUUUUCCUUUGCAUUCAAGGCUUACUAACCAUCAGUUAAUCCAUAGUGGAGAGAAACCUUACAAAUGUAAUGAAUGUGGCAAGGGCUUCAGUUACAAGUCAUCCCUAGCAAAUCACUGGAAAAUUCAUACUGGGGAUAAACCUCACAAGUGUAAUGAAUGUGGCAAAGCCUUUAGUCUGCAGUCAACACUUAUUAAGCAUCAGGUAAUCCAUACUGGAGAGAAACCUUACAAAUGUAAUGAAUGUGGCAAGGCCUUUAAUCAAUGUUCACAACUUACUGUGCACCAAAUAAUCUGUAGUGGAGAGAAACAAUUUAAAUGUGAUACAUGUGGGAAGGUCUUCAAUAAAAAAGCAGUUCUUGUAUGUCAUCUGAGAAUUCACACCGGAGAGAAACCUUCCAAAUGUAAUGAAUGUGGCAAGUUCUUCAAACAUAAUUCACACCUUGCACGACAUCAGAGAAUUCAUUCUGGAGAGAAACCUUACAAAUGUAAUGAAUGUGGCAAGUUCUUCAAACACAAUUCACACCUUGCACAGCAUCAGAGAAUUCAUUCUGGAGAGAAGCCUUACAAAUGUAAUGAGUGUGGCAGAGGCUUUAUUUAUAAGUCAUCCCUAGCAAAACACUGGAGAAUUCAUACUGGAGAGAAACCUUACAAAUGUACUGAAUGUGGGAAGGUGUUCAGGCAACAUUCAAACCUUGCAAGUCACUGGAGAAUUCAUACUGGAGAGAAACCUUACAAGUGUAAUGAAUGUGGCAAAGCUUUUAGUUUGCGAUCAACACUUAUUAAGCAUCAGGUAAUCCAUACUGGAGAGAAACCUUACAAAUGUAAUGAAUGUGGCAAGGUGUUCAGUCAGCAUUCAAGCCUUGCAUGUCAUCGGACAAUUCACACUGGAGAGAAACCUUACAAAUGUAACGAAUGUGGCAAGAUGUUCAGUCAACAUUCACAUCUUGCAUCUCAUCAGAGAAUUCAUACUGGAGAGAAACCUUACAAAUGUAAUGAAUGUGGCAAGGUAUUCGGUCAACAUUCAUAUGUUGCAAAGCAUCGAAGAAUUCAUACUGGAGAGAAUCCUAACAAAUGUAAUAUGUGUGGUAAGGUGUUCCGUAAAAAUGCAAGCCUUGAACAGCAUUUACUAAUUCAUAGAGAGAAACCUUACAAAUGUAAUGAGUGUGGCAAAGCCCUUUCUUUACAUUCAAGGCUUACUGACCAUCAGUUAAACCAUAGUGGAGAGAAACCUUAUAAGUGUAAUCAAUGUGGCAAGGGCUUCCAUUACAAAUCAUCUAUAGGAAAUCAUUGGGGAAUUCAUACCAGAAAGCAACCUUACAACUAUAGUGAACGUUGCAAGGUGUUUCCUUGCAAUUCAAGCCUUGCACAACAUCUGUUAAUUCAUACUAGUGAGGAUCCUUACAAAUGUAUGGAGUGUGGCAAAGUCUUUUGUGAAAAGUCAUACCUUGCAUAUCAUCAAAGAGUUCAUACUGGAGAGAAACCUUUCAAAUGUACUGACCAGCAUAUUCUUUUGUCAGCAAUCACCUCUAAGUAGACAUCAGAUAAUCCCCUCUAGGCAAGCCAUACAAAGGUAAUAAAUGUGGCAAGGUUCUUCUGGCAUAAUUAAAUCUUCCACAACACUGGAGAUUUCAUACUUCAGAGAAACCUUACAAAUUCUGAGGGUAGGCAACCCUUCAUUAUGAAUUUAAGCAUUAAUUAACAUCAGGGAAGCCAGAGUAAAUCGCAAUUGAAUAUAGUCAUAAUGUAUAUGACACAAUAAUGUAUAUGACAAUGUAUAUGACAGACUUCUCUAAGGUCUCAAAAUUCAAGGAAAACACUAUUGUUGAAACCAUAUGAAGGUAAGGUACAUGCUAAGGCUUUUACCCUUGCAUCAAAACUGUGGAACUUCAGAGGAUUUACACUGGAGUGAAACCUCAGUAGUGUAUGUAGUAAGUCUUCAUGUCAAGCAUUCAUAAUUCUGUUGUCACGAGAGGUUUUUAUUCGAUAAAAACCAGUCAAAUGUAGUGAACCUUGAAAGUUCACUUACCAAAGAUGUGUUCUCAAGAUUCACCAGAGAAUUUGUACUGGGAAGAACACUUACAAAUGUGAUGACAAUGUAAACUGUCUAACCAAUUCUCACAAUACAAUGUAUAUCACAAAACUUAUAUGUGGAAUAAAUCUUGAAUUCUUCAAGAUUAGCCAUUGAUAUUACAUACUGUAGGAUAAUUACAAUACAAAGAAGUUAAAAUUCAUAUCAUAUUGAAAGUGUGAGCAUGUUUUUAAUGGCCAAAUAUCUUCAGGUUGCAAAAUAUUUUAUCAUUUGAGGUUUCUUGGAAAGGCUACUUUAGUUUCUUUGACUUUUAAACUGAAAUUUGAAUUCUGUUGAUAUUAUGCAUUCCUCACAGGCCUUUCACGGUGUUUUGUAGGAAAGAAUCAAUUAGAGGAAAGAGUCUGCUUUAUUAAUUGAAAAUCAUUCCUCUCUGUGUUUCUGGAGAAAAAGGACACUGCCUUUUAAAGCUAAAUAUUGCCUGAAUUAGAGAGCAGCUGGAAGGUACUGAGAAUCAUGUAAAAGUGUGAUGUCAGUCGGCAUGCUUAUUGCAUUCAGGACACUCUUCACACAGAGGACCCUGGUGGAACAUAGAAAGGAAUGAAAUACUAACCAACAACAAAGUACAGGAAUCUAAGACCUUAGGAGACUUGGGUUUUUCUUGGAAGAGAGUAAUAGUUAUCAGGAACUGAUUAUGUGGUAGAAAUAAUGCAGAGGAAAUGGUGGCCACCUCCUCCAUUGGAUUACAAUGGCUGUUGUAUGGCAAGAUUGAUGAGAAAUUAUUCUUAUUCUUGAAAUUGAAGGGAAAACAGUUAUCAGAGGAGAUUUUAAUCAAAAGAACCACAAUAGCAAGUUUUUGCUCAGGAAUCACAUUUAACUGCUGGCAUAACAGUUUCUACUAUAAUAUAUUUCAAAAGUCUCAUGUUUUAAUUAAUAACAUUUGUUUCAUUUUUCAUAACUAUGAAUGAAUCACGUUUCUUCCACCAAAAUAGUUUUAUCCCUUAGUGGAAGGAUAUUUAAUAAAGUACACUAAGAAAUACACUAUUAGGUUUCUUAAACUGAAGGAUCUAGGAAAAAAAUUUUUUGUGUUAGAAUCAAAGUACAAUUUUGAGAAUAUAUAAUCAUGCCUUGCACUUGAGUUAUUCUCUCCACACUCUGCCCUAGUAUACUUACGUGGGCAUGAUGAAAAUCCCAUAGCAGUGCGGUUUCAGACUCUGACACCCCAAAGUCUACAUUACUGUUAAUGAAUAUGUACCAUAAUAUACUAUAUUAUAAUUUUUUCUAAGUACCUUUCCCUUGUUUGUGGAAUGGAACUUAAUUUACAUAAAAUGAAAACAAAUAUAGUAAGGUUAUGGAAAAUAUUAUAAAAUAAAAGAAAAUGUAUCAGGGGAAAAGUGAUAUCUGUUUUUUGUCCUUAGGUGCUCAGUGAAAUCAUUUGAAAUGAUUGAAGUUCAAGAGUUUUUUCUUAAUAAUGAACAUACAUAAUGGGGGUUUUGUUUUGUGCAUUAAUUACCAACUUCAUAUAUUCACACCCAUUACAUUAUUAGUAAUUUGUACUUGUGACCAUCGCACUGGAACUGGAUUGAUCACCACCCAAAGUUUGGUUCCUUUGUCAGGAAGUAUAGGUGUCAUAUACUGAAGUACUAUGUGUUUCUUAGAAGACUUUCUGCUGAAAGCAAGGUAGACUUUCUACACUGGUCCACAAAUAGCUUGAGAAAGCAGGGAAAGAUGACUGACUUGUGUUAUGGUAGUGACAAUAUAGGGCUCAAUUGUGGGUACACAGAUGUACUUUGAACAAGCUGGUGCCAAAGAAGGGACCACUUUGGGCUUUAUUGUCAGCUUAUCAAGGUGGGCAGAAUAGGAAGAGGUACUGGUGAGGCUUAAAAAGUGUCAGUACUCAGACAUUGUUUUGUGUUGCUAUAACAGAAGUACCUGAGACUGGGUAACUUAUAAAGAAGAGAGGUUUAUUUGGCUUAUGAUUCUGGGACAGCUGCGUCUGGCAUGGGCCUCAGGCUGCUUCUACUCAUGGUGGAAAGUGGCAGGCAGCCAGCAGGUACAAGCAGAUCACAUGGCUACAGGAAGCAAGAGAGAGAGAAGGUGCCAGGGUCUUUUUUAAGCAACGAGCUCUCAUGGGAACUGAUAGAGUGAGAACUCAUUCAUUAAUCCCCCCUUCCGCAGGGAAAGCAUUAAUCCAUUCAUGAGGGGUCCCCACCCCCAUGACACAAUCAGUUUCCAACACUGCCAUAUUGGGGAUCAAAUUUCCACAUGAGUUUUGGAGGUGUCAACACAUCCAAACUCCAUCAGACAUCAAAAAAUGGAAUCAGAUUCUUCAGUACAACUGUGAAUCCUAUUCUUGCUACUCCUACGUUAUCUUUUUCAUGCUCAUAGUCUACCACAUUUCUAUUCCUGCUACUCACAUAGGUCCCAUUCUGCAAUUUGAUUGUUGAAUAUGCUUCUGAAAUAGUGUUGAGGUAAAUUGCAUAAUAUAUUUUUAUGGUAGUUUAGC